AUGAGCGUCGCUCUCCCCUACCGCGACAUCAAUGUCCACUCGUCGCCCUCGCACUACGCCUUCUCGUCGCCCUCGUCGCCCUCGGCCCCUACACUCGUCGUAGACCGCCCGUCAGGUGACAUCCGCCUCCACGAUGGCAAGCUGCUGGGCUCCAAGCGCGUGUCGAGCAUUGCCGGCAUCCUCGGCAUGAUCAAGCUGCGACUAGGGGACACGAAUGCUGAUGCACGUGAAGACAAGUACAUCAUCGUCAUUACCAAGGCCCAGCCCAUGGGCCGGAUAAAGGGCCACAUGAUCUACAAAAUAGUGUCGACCGAGUUCCUCUCCCUGCGCGAGAAGCCGCUGCACGACGCCGACGAGGACAACUACCUCAGCCUGCUCAAGACGCUCAUCAAGACGUCCCCGCUGUUCUUCUCCUACUCCUUCGACAUUACCAACACCUUCCAGCGCCAGGCCCACCUCGACCCCGCGACGCCCCUGUGGAAGCGCGCAGACGACCGCUUCUACUGGAACCGCUUCGUGUCUAGCGACCUCAUCGACUUCCGCGGAGGUCUCAGCGGCGGAUAUGGCAGGCACUCGAGCGGACACCAGCCAGGCGCAGACCCCUACAUCCUGCCCGUCAUGUACGGAAUGCUCGAAAUCAAGAACACAUCCAUCAAGGGCACCCCUCUCAUCUUCAUCCUCAUCACCCGCCGCUCGCGCCUCAAGGCCGGAACCCGCUACUUUUCGCGCGGCAUCGACGAGAACGGCAACGUGUCCAACUUCAACGAGACGGAGCAGACCAUCAUCCUGAACGACAACGCAUCGGGCGGCCCCGGCGGAUUCGGCUCAAACCAGAACGGCGCAGCAGGAGGAAAUGCCGGAAAGGAGACACAGGUGCUUGCGUACGUGCAGACAAGAGGAAGCGUGCCCGUCUACUGGGCCGAAAUCAACACCCUAAAAUACACGCCCAAGCUGCAAGUCCGCGGCAUCGACAACGCGCUGCCAGCCGCCAAGAAGCACUUCGCCGAGCAAAUCCGUCUCUACGGCGAUAACUGGAUGGUGAACCUGGUCAACCAAAAAGGCCGCGAGCAGCGCGUCAAAGAAGCCUACGAGCAAAUGGUCAACCUGCUGCACACAUCCCCCGCCGAAAACGUCGAAGGCGACCGCAUAACCUCUGAGAAAUUCCACAUCAUCGACCCCGCCAAAGCGCAAACCGUAUACGACCGCCUCCACUACGUCUACUUCGACUUUCACAACGAAACAAAGGGCCUAAGGUGGGACCGCGCCAAACUCCUCAUGAACGAACUCGAGCCCCACGUCCUCAAACAUGGCUACUUCUGCGGCGUCGACAUGCCCGGUGAUGGCAGCGGCGUGGAGGUCCGACGGCAUCAGACGGCUGUGGUGCGCACGAACUGCAUGGAUUGUCUGGACCGCACAAACGUCGUCCAGAGUAUGCUGGGCCGCUACGUCCUCAGCCGCAUGCUCAUCGACUGCGGUCUCAUGCGCGAAGGCGAGUCCGCAGAAGAAGACGCCGCAUUCGAACACCUGUUCCGCAACGUCUGGGCCGAUAACGCGGAUGUGGUGUCGAAAUCAUAUUCUGGUACCGGAGCCCUAAAGACCGAUUUCACACGCCUGGGUGUAAGGACAAAAGCUGGUGCUUUGCAGGAUCUGAAUAACUCCAUUACAAGAUAUUGUCUUAAUAACUUCACCGAUGGACCGAGACAGGAUGCAUUCGAUUUGUUCCUGGGUAAUUAUCUGCCCAGCGACUCUAGUAUGAGCGGACAGCUUCUUUUCGCGGAUCGGAGACCGCUCUUCAUCCAGUCGAUACCGUAUAUCCUCGCCGCAGCCGUCUUUUUCAUUUUCGUGGGGAGUUUCACUCAGCGUGCACCCGACGCGGCGGUCUGGCCGUUACGUCUCCUCCUCCUCAUAUCCCUCCUCACCGCGGCUGUCUGCGCGAAUUUCAUUUGGAAUCAUGGGACGUUAUAUGUCAACUUCCCCAAACUCAACCGCCAACCCCCGCAAAUCGAAGCCUUCCAAGAGACGCUGGCCAAAGUAAGGAAUAAUCCUGUUGUGGGGCCGCUGGUCGGAGGGGCGGCGAAACAUGAGAGGGGCAAGAGUGAUGCGAGGUUAUUGGGGUUGGAGGAGGGGAAGAAGAGGAUUGAGUAG